AUGGCGUCGAGUCACUCUGGUGUCAAAUAUGCGUCCACAAUUAACUCUGACGUCAACUACGGAGCCCAAGUGGGAUUCAAUUAUGGCACGGCAAACUUCCAUCUGCCCCCGGAGCGACCGGAAACUCCGCCGAGUCCUUUGACGACUGUCCCAUUCCCGCGCGAUCCAGACUUUGUCAGUCGCGACACACUGCUCAAACAGAUUCGCGAUAAAAGCUUGGUCCUAGGGUCGAGAAUUGCGCUUGUUGGCCUUGGCGGUGUCGGGAAAUCACAACUGGUCAUCGAAUACUCCUACCAGGUCCGAUCCCAAGCACCGGCAACAUGGGUUCUCUGGGUCCAUGCGAGCAACGCAACCCGAUUCGAGCAAAGUCUCCGAGACAUAGCAGACCAGGUUAAAAUCCCAGGGCGCAAGGAUCCGCAAGCCAAUAUAUUUAAUCUAGUCAAAAACUGGCUCCAGGAUGAGAAGAGAGGACGAUGGGUUCUUAUCCUUGAUAAUGUCGAUGAUUAUGAGUUCCUUCGCAAGUUACCGGUGACUGGCCAGGGAGGCCCGGAGAACCGUGUAACAAACAUCUCCACAAAGCCACUUUUGGAAUACCUCCCCAGAAGCUCGAAUGGAUUUAUGAUUAUCACGAGUCGCACUCGAGAGGUUGCAUUGAAACUAGUCGAUUAUAAGGAACUUAUUGAAGUCAAACCGAUGGAAAGGUCCGAGGCGCUGGAGCUUCUCGAAAGAAAGCUUGAACAACCAGGGGAAAGUGAAGACAGUCGACAUUUAGUGGAAGAGCUCGAGCUUAUGCCACUAGCGAUCGUACAGGCAGCAAGCUAUAUCAGGAACCGGGCGCCUCGCUGUUCGGUGUCCCAGUAUCUAAGAGACUUCCAAAAGAGUGACCGCGAAGCAAUAAAGCUUCUGAAGACCGAGGCGGGUCACACCUUCCGGGAUUGGGAGGCAAAGAACUCGAUUUUGGUGACGUGGCAAAUAUCAUUCGAUCAUAUUCGCCAAAGAAAACCUUCGGCUGCGGGUUUGCUUUCUCUCAUGAGCUUUUUCGAUCGACAAGGGAUCCCGGAGGAACUUCUCCGACUUCAACCUGAAAAUAACCAUAUGUCAAGGUCAGAGCUUGUAGAUCAUUCUAGUGAUGACGAGGAGGUGUCUGAGUCCGACACAUUGGACGAUUUUGAGGAUGAUAUUACAACACUGAGGGAUUUUUCAUUCGUCUCUGUUAGCAAAAACGGUUUAUUCUUCACGAUGCAUAGGUUAGUCCAACUGACUACAUGCAUGUGGUUGAAGAGUCAUGGUCAAACAGAGCAAUGGAGGGAGAUAUUUAUCAGUAAACUCUACUACAAGUUUCCGACUGGUGAAUAUGAAAAUUGGGAAACAUGCCGACAGCUCUUUCCUCAUGUUAAAGCAGCGAUGUCGCAGCGGCCAGAAUCACAGGGAUCUCUACGGGAGUGGGCCACACUGCUUUAUAAAGGUGCUUGGUAUGCGUCGCAGAGCGGUAUCCUCGCGGACGCAAGGAACAUGGCAUUAAAAUCAAAAAAGGAGAGAGUAAGGCUUUUAGGUGAAGAACAUGAAGAUGCCCUCGAUAGCACUGCGAUAUUAGCGAGAGCAUGGUCACUUGAAGGGCGCUGGGAAAAGGCCGAGAGACUCGAGGUGCAGGUGAUGGAGAUUCGCAAGACGAAUUUAGGGGAAGACCAUCCCUCCACGCUAACCAGUACGGCCAGCCUGGCGUUGACCUUUUGGCAUCAAGGCCGCUGGGAGGAAGCCGAGCAACUCCAGGUGCAGUUGAUGAAGACGAGCAAGAGCAAGCUCGGCGACGACCAUUCCGACACACUGGCCAAUACAUCCAAUUUGGCGUUGACAUACUGUAGCCAGGGCCGGUGGGGGGAGGCUGAGCAGCUACAGGUGCAUGUAAUGCAGACUCGCAAGACCAAGCUCGGCGAGGAGCAUCCCGACACGCUGACCAGUAUGGCCAACCUGGCAUCGACAUAUAGGAACCAAGGCCGGUGGAAGGAAGCCGAGCAACUCGAGGCUCAGGUGAUGAACACCAGUAAGACGAAGCUCGGCGAAGACCAUCCGGACACACUGCUCAGUAUGACCAACUUGGCGUUGAGGUACUGUAACCAAGGCCGGUGGGGGGAGGCUGAGCAGCUCCAGGUGCAGGUGAUGGAGACGAGCAAGACGAAGCUCGGCGACGACCAUCCCGACACACUGCUCAGUAUGGCCAACCUGGCGUUGACGUACUAUAACCAAGGCCGGACGGAGGACGCCGAGCAGCUCGAGGUGCAGGUCAUGAAGACUCGCAAGACGAAGCUCGGCGACGACCAUCCCGACACGCUGACCAGUAUAACCAACCUGGCGUUGACCUUUUGGCAUCAAGGCCGCUGGGAGGAAGCCGAGCAACUCCAGGCGCAGGUGAUGAAGACGUGCAAGAGCAAGCUCGGCAUCGAACAUCCCGACACACUGGCCAGUAUAUCCAAUUUGGCGUUGACAUACUGUAGCCAGAGUCGGUGGGGGGAGGCCGAGGAGCUGCAAAUGCAGGUGAUGGAGACGAGCACGACGAAACUCGGCGACGACCAUCCCUCCACGCUGAAGUCUAUGGCCAAUCUGGCAUCAACAUUCUGUAAACAAGGCCGGUGGGAGGAGGCCGAGCAGCUACAGGUGCAGGUGAUGGAGACUCGCAAGACGAAGCUCGGCGAUGACCAUCCCGACACGCUGAGGACUAUGGCCAACUUGGCGUUUACGUACUAUGAACAAGGCCGGAUGGAGGAGGCCGAGCAGCUCCAGGUGCAUGUAAUGCAGACCCGCAAGACCAAGCUCGGCGAGGACCAUCCUGACACGCUGAACACAGAAACAAACAUUGGGGCUAAACCAUCGGCUAACUUUAGCCAAUUCUACAGCAUUAGUGGAAUGGUUAAUGGAAAACCUAAUACUUAG